AUAGUGAGCCGCCAUCUUUAAUACUAAUUGAUUAAUAGCCUCAGCGCUCGGCGGUUGAAACAUAAAUUAGUAAUUAUUAAAUAAAUAUUGGAUUACCGAUAUAAAACAUUAUUUUCACAAUUAUUAGUGCUCUAAAUUUGGUGUCUACAAUUAAAUAAUUGAUACCGCAUUUCUAGUUCACCGGUUUUUUAAAAAUGGAGGAGACAGAAGGAACUACUGUCAGGAAAACUCGCUCUAGUGCGGCAAAAUCAACGCCUGUUGUUACCAAAAAAGAAAAACCGGGACCAUUAUCAAGAAAAACACGUAAGAAGGUUGUUCUUAUGGAAGUAGAAGUUUCUGAUGAAGAAGUAGAUGAAACUGUUCAAGAGCCUGUAACAGAAAAAAUGGAAACUACUGAAGAAAACAAGCAGAGCGAAAAGCAGAUUGACACUGAAAAAGUUAAUGGUAAAGAAAACAAACCCACGCCAAUAGAAGAUCAAGUGAUAUUAAAUGAUGUGACAGUUGUCUGUGAGAUGCAGACAGAAAGUAAGAAAACAGAAGAUACAGAAAAAAUGGAAGUUGAUGAAGAUCUUGAAAUAAAAAAAACAGAAGAUAAUGUAAGUGCUCAACCAACUGAAGAAAGUAAGGUAGAAUCGUUAGAAAAAUUGGACACGAAACGCAAUGUUUGCGAACUAAAAGAGGAAGAACCAGCCGAAAAGAAAAUAAAACUUGAAGAAAAACCUGCUGAUACAGACAGUAAUAAAAAAGAGGUUGAUAGAGAAUCAGAAAAUAAUGUCAUCGAUACUAAUAAGGAAGAGGUAAAAAUUGAAAGCGAAAAAAAUGAGAAAGAAAAUAAAGAAGUUAAGGGAAAAACGGAGGAAGGAACAGAAAAACAAGAUGUAGCAAAAGCAGAAGAAGAUACAGAUAAAACUACAAAAGUAGAAGAAAAAGAGAAAGACAAAGGCGAAAUAAAAGUUGAAGACAAAGUCGAAAAGAAAAUGACAAAAGUAGAAGAAAAAAAGGAAACCCAAGAGGAAAAAAAAGGUAAAGAAAAUAAAGUCGAAGAGAAAAUUACAAAAGUAGAAGAAAAAAAGGAAGACCAAGAGGAAAUAAAAGUCGAAGAAAAUAAAGUCAAAGAUAGCGCAAUAGAAAAAAGCGAAAAGGAAUGUGAAGAAUCAAAAGAAGAAAAAGAAAUUAAAGUUGAAGAAAAAGAGAUCAAAGAGAUAACUACCGAAGAUAAAAGCAAAAAGGAAGAUGAAAAAUCAGAGGACAAAAACAAAAAGGGAGAUGAAGAAUCAUUAGUUAAAGAUGCAGAAAAUAAAGAUGAUUUGACAAAAGUUGAGCAAAAAGAAGCUGGAAGUGUAGAAGGCAAACAAGAUACAGAAGAGGAAACACUUGAUAAGCAGAAAGCUGAUCCAGACACUGAAAAUAUAUCUGAAGAUGAGCUUCCUGUUGUUCAGGCCGUAAAAGUACCAGAAGCCGAGGAAGUUUCGGAUGAAGAACUACCAGGGCCAAAAAGAGCUGAGCUUCCUGCAGAUACAGAAGUUGUCUCCGAAGAUGAACUCCCUACUGUUAAAAAUGAUACCAAAAAAGAAAGUAACAAGAGAAAGCUUAAUGCCACUGAUUACGAUCCUGGAUCCCCAACAUCCGAAAAUGAGGCACCUUCUAAAAAACCAUCUCUUGAUAGUUCAGUUGAAAAGGACAAAGAAGAAAAACCUAAACCGAAGAAAUUACCAGAACUUGAUAAAUACUGGAAAGCAGUUAAUGACGAUCCUACUGAUUUUACUGGAUGGACAUAUUUAUUACAAUACGUUGAUCAAGAAAAUGACAUGGAAGCUGCCAGAGAGGCUUAUGAUGCUUUCCUAUCUCAUUAUCCGUAUUGCUACGGUUAUUGGCGAAAAUACGCUGAUUACGAAAAAAGAAAGGGAAAUAAAAAGAAAUGCGAAGAGGUUUUUGAACGAGGUUUAAAGGCGAUUCCAUUAUCCGUUGACUUGUGGAUUCAUUAUUUGACGUACGUUAAAGUAACCCGAACCGAUGAUGAAGAAUUCAUCAGAUCUCAAUUUGAAAGGGCGGUAACAGCAUGUGGCUUGGAAUUCAGAUCUGAUAGAUUGUGGGAUUCAUAUAUCAAAUGGGAAACUGAAGCAAAAAGAUUGCAAAAAGUAACGGCGAUAUAUGACAGGUUGUUGGGUACCCCAACCCAAGGAUAUACAACGCAUUUUGAAAAUUUCCAAGAACAUAUAUCUAAUAACGUACCAAACAAGGUAAUAGACGUAGAUGAGUUUUUGGCAUUGCGGAAGGAGGUUAGGCAGCAGCUCAAGCACGAAAUAACUGAUACCCCACCAGCAGAUAAUGAUGCACCACCUGGUGAUGAAGAUCAGACUAAAGUGAUUAGUUCUGAUGAAGAAACAAAAAUUCUUAGAGAAAGAAUAAUUUCAAUUCGAAGAAAACUCCAUAAAAAUACGGUGACUGCGGUGACAGCUAGAUGGAAUUAUGAAGAAGCGAUAAAACGUCCAUAUUUUCAUGUAAAACCUUUAGAACGAUGCCAGCUUAAAAACUGGCAAGAUUAUUUAGAUUAUGAGACUGAACAGGGAGACAGAGUGAGGAUAAUAGUAUUGUUUGAAAGGUGUCUCAUAGCAUGUGCUCUAUACGAAGAGUUUUGGUUAAAGUUUGUGCAUUAUCUGGAAAAUCUUAGGGACCACGAGCUGCAACCUAAAAUAAGAGAUGUGUAUGAGCGAGCUUGCACUAUUCACCAUCUAAAAAAACCAAAUCUCCAUUUGCAAUGGGCCAUUUUUGAAGAGGGUGUUGACAAUGUCUCAAGAGCAGCAGAGAUAUUAGUAAAUUUGGAAAAGUCUGUUCCAAAUGUGUUACAGAUUGCUUAUCGGCGGAUAAAUUUAGAAAGGCGACGGGGCGAUAACGAAAAAUGUUGCCAACUUUUCGAACACUAUAUAAGUAAUACAAAAAACAAAAUCAUUGCCAGUAGCAUAUCAAUAAAAUAUUCCAGAUUUGCAUACUUUAUAAUGAAGGACAUUGAAAAAGCACAAACAAUUUUAAAAUCUGCUAUACCUAAAGAUCCAAAUAAUCCUAGACUGUAUUUGCAGCUUGUUGAUCUCACUUUACAUAAAGGAGAUGCAACUGAAAACGAUAUCAUAGAAAUCCUAAAUAUGUUUUUGGACAAAGAUAAUAUAGACGCUGAGCAAAAGAUGUUGUUUGCUCAAAGAAAAUUAGAAUAUCUCGAAGAUUUUGGUAGUAAUCUUCAGUUAGUACAAGACGCUCAUGAACAUUAUCAAAAAUUGGUCAAGCAAAAUAAAGAAGGAAUGAAAAAGAAGGAAGUUAAGAGUGAAACAGCGGGGCCAUCUUCAAAAUCAAAAGAAACUAAACAACCGCCUCCAUCAUCCCAAGGAAAUUAUGGAAAUUAUAACGCCCCCUAUGGACCACCGUCAAACCAACCAUCAUAUCCCCCGUAUUCUGGUGGUUCUCAACAAGGACCCAACUAUUAUCCUCAGUACGGUCAAGGAGAUCAAUACCAAUAUCAAAAUUGGCAAUAUCCACAAGGUGGCUAUGGUGGAUACAAUCAAUGGAGCGGUUAUGGGGGAGGAUAUGGGUACUAACCAAGUUACAAGAAUGUUGGUACUAAUAAUAACCAUCAGAAUCAUCGCUUGUGCAGUUCACAAAUCUGUAUUGGGUUUAAUUUGGCUCCCAAAUUUUCGUUAAAAUGUUAUUGGGCACCAAAAUUUUUUUAGUGUUUAUUAUCAUAACUUGUGUUGCAAUUGUGCAAUUGUGUUAAAUAUUUUACGAACCAUAUUUUUUUGUAUUUUCUUAUUACGGAAAUCAUGUAAUUUUAAUUAGUAUGUCAAAAUAAAAAUUAGUAUUAAAAAA